AUGUCCGGGACGAACGCCUCUGCACUUCGCUUCGCCGUAUUCGGGAAAAGUUUUGAGGACAAGACGACUUUAGCAAACUUCAUCUCAGGACCCAAUGACUCCAGAGCAGACCUCAGAGCAGACCUCAGAGCAGACCUCAGAGCAGACCUCAGAGCAGACCUCAGAGCAGACCUCAGAGCAGACCUCAGAGCAGACCUCAGAGCAGACCUCAGAGCAGACCUCAGAGCUCCGACCAACGUUCUCCUCCAGUGUGUACGAGGCACGUGGAACCGCAGGCCCUUCGUCAUCUACAAAACCCAAGACAAGGUUUCCCUGGACAAAAUAAAACACGAAAUCAAGCAGUGCGUUGCCAGUUGUCCCCCGGGUCCAAACGUCCUGCUCCUCCUGGUCGAUCCAAACAAUUUCACCGAGUUGGACAGUGAAAAACUUCAGUACACCCUGGGCUGUUUCGACAAAGACGCCUUCAGAUAUUCUCUAGUGGUUUCUACAAAAAAGAGCACGAGUCUGAACAUUUACGUGACAAAAAUCAUAGAGAAGUGCAACAAACGGCACGUUAAAGUCCUGCUGGACGCUGAUAUGGAUCCCACUUAUGAAAUAAAGGAGCUGAUGUUCAGAGCCGAAGAUCUCGUGAAUCAAAACUACGGAGAACAUCUGAGCUUGAAAGGAACGCAGGAGUACGAGCAGAUUCCAAAGUUAGAACCAGAGAACGUGCAGAGCAGAUACGAGGUGGCGGAGAUUCCACCUCUACACGAAGAGAUGGACAAUCUGUAUCUGUCUCCUCCGAGCUCGCUGAGGGACGCGAGGCCGAGGUACACGCUCGCCAUCGACCCCAAACUGAAGCAGCGCCUCUUAAUGUUUCAGCAGAACAACAGCCUGACAGACGAACAGAAGAUCCAGCCCCAGAAAAGAGCGCGGAGUCUGGGAAACAUCUGGAACGAACAACAGCACGAGGCAGAAGCAGCACCGGCACCGUCAGCACCGGCCCACGAACACCAGACCGGACCACCUUUGAACGUUGUGCUUUAUGGAAGGUUUGACAGCCUAAAAGCAUCAGCUGCCAGCGCAGUCUUGGCUCAAAAACAUUUGAACUUGUCUCAUAAAAACCAAGCACAGGUCUGCGGUCACACGGUGUCUGUCGUGGACUUACAGAGUUUGUGUCGGAAAUCUACAGAUGAAGCGAAGAAAGAGGUGUAUAAGUCCAUCUCGGCCUGUCAUCCUGAGGGGGUCCACGCCUUCGCUCUGGUUCUGCCGGUUGGGCCCAGCAGCAUAGAGGACAAACAGGAGUUAGAGGUUCUCCAGAGCUCCUGUGGACCUCACGCUAACGCUUUAACCAUGAUUCUGUUCACAGUGGACUCUGAAAAGGACGCUGUCGCCGUCAGUAACUACAUCCAGUACAACACAGAGAUACAAACCCUGUGCCACAGUUGUGCGGGGAGAUAUUUUAUAUUUAACAUGAAUGACAACACACAAGUCCCAGAGCUGCUCAGGAUGGUGGGGAACAUGAGCCAGAGAAAAACCUUUUCCAAGGAAGAUUUCCCCAAACCUCCUGUGAACACGGUCACACGAAAAUCAUCUUUGGACAAAGUGAGAAACAGGAGAUACUCAACUCCAACUAUAAAAAUACAACAACUUCUAGCACAGUCACAACAUCGAGAUCAUUAUGAUUUUCCAAAAGCUCCGCCUCUGAGAGUGGUGAUGGUCGGGAAAACCGGCUCUGGGAAAAGCGCCACAGGAAACACCAUUUUAGGACGAGACGAGUUUUCAUCCAGAGUAUCUCAGAAUUCUGUGACGCGAUCGUGCAGAAAAGCAGAGGGGACGGUGGACGGGCGGUCCAUAGAGAUCGUGGACACGCCCGGUCUGUUCGACACCACUUUAUCAAACGCUCAGGUCCAACAGGAGCUGGUGAACUGCAUCAGCCUGUUAUCUCCCGGACCACACGCCUUUCUAAUGGUGCUGCAGAUCGGACGCUUCACCAGAGAGGAGCGAACCGUCAGACUCAUCAGAGAGUUCUUUGGGAGACAAGCUCUGAACUUCAUCCUCGUCAUCCUGACAAAAGGAGACGACCUGCGAGACACCAGCAUCGACACUUACCUGGAGAGGGGCAGCUUCAUCUGGUCGGUGAUCAAAGAAUGUGGAGGGAGGUUCCACGUCUUCAACAACAAUGACCGAGAGAACCGCCAGCAGGUCCGAGAGCUCGUCCACAAAAUCGACUCGAUGGUGAAGGAAAACGAAGGAGGCUACUACACUUCAGAGAUGUUCGAAGAGGCAGAAGACGCGAUAAAGAAAGAGACUUACAAAAUACUCAAGGAAAAAGCUCCAGAGUUCGAAAGACUGAGAGAAAAACUAGAACUGGAAGUAAUAAAGGAACUCAAAGAGGUGCAAAAGUCGUCAAACACAGAUACGUCUGAAGAAACUUUCCAAAAACAGCUCCUGGAAUCGGAGGAGCGAUGCAGGAGGGAGCAGGAGAGGAGGCAGCGGGAGCAGGAGCAGCGGGAGCAGGAGGAGCAGAUGAAGAAACUGGAGGACGACAUAAAGAGACGACAGUUCAAGAUGAAGCGCGAAACUUUACGGAAGCAGAUCGCGUCGGAUCAGAGUAAAACGGCUCUCCCCGAAAUGAGGAUGAUGACGGCGGCGCUGGAGGAGAUGAGGAAGGAGAUGGAGACGUGGGAGAGAGAGCGACGCGAGUGGUGGGAACAGCGCUACGAGGAGGACGAGCGCCGGCGAUCAGAGGAACGCCAACGACUGAAAGAGUACGAGGAGGAGCGUCGAAAUUACGAAAAGGAACGAGAAGUUUUCAACGAGCGACGCAGAGAAGAAGAUGAAACUCGGAAGCAACAGGAGGAAAACCUGCUGAAGAAACAUCAACAGGAGCUGGACCGGAUGAGGCGAGAACACGAGGCCGAAGCCCGGAGACAAGCCGAGAAGAACAACGAGUUCCAGCGGAAGUACGCGAUGGACUUCAUGGAGGAGCUGCGGAGACGAGACCUGGAGAUGGCCGACCUGAAGGAGAACAGCAAGUUGAACCACACGGUGAUGCUCCAGUACAUCACGCGAGACAAAACGCAGAAGGACAACUACGUGUGGCUGAAGAAGAGGCACGCGGCCGAGAUGAAGGAGCUGAGCCGGUCGAGCUUCGGGAAAGAUCAGGAGCGGCAGAGGAGGGAGCAGCUGCAGAAGAAGCACGAGGCCGAGGUCCAGGUCUGGAUCAGGGACAGGGUGGACAGAGCCGUGGACAACCAGGCCUGCGUCAUUCUGUGAACCACGACCAGGACUAUUCAGACGAUCAUCCCAAAUACAGACCACGAAAAUAUGAAAAAUCAAGACUCCAAAUAUUCAUCCGAUCAUCAGAACUACGGUCCAUAAAAGUAUUGAAAACUUUGACUCAAAUUGACACAAAAACUUGAAACUUGAGUCAUUUUCCACAGAUACUAAA